GCAAUGUUUUCCUUUUCGGAUAUGGUUAAGUUUGUACUUAUUAUAUCUUGAUCGGUGGUUAGUUCAUUUGAAGCCAGACAAACAAUUGGAACCCAAACAAUUCCUUUCACCUUCCAAAUCCGCAAGCAAAAGCAGAGUCUUCUGUCAAUUGGUCUGAGCCAUGGCGACGGAAAGCUGCACGACGGUUUCAGAUCUGGCGCUCGGCGCACGGUUCCGCCCUGCUCGAGUCUGCAGAAAACGACGCCUCCUUUCAGAAGUAAAUCCUCCUACUCCAGCGAUUAGCAAACUGGGAGACGAUCUCCUCACAGAAAUUCUGGUUCGCGGUUUCCCGAAUCCUAGAUCCGCCUGCCGGAGCAGAGCCGUAUGCAAGCAAUGGAGAUCCCUGAUUUCCGAUCCCUGCUUCGGUCGCCGUUUCCUUUCUUACCACCAGAGCAUGAACACCCACCCUCCUCCCAAGCUUCUUCACUCAACUGACCGGAAAUCUGCCUUACUGAGCUUUCUCCCCUGGCCCGCCGAUUGCGCCUCCGAUAUAGAGUACGAGCUGACACGUUUCGCAGUUUUUGAUUGCUUCAAGGACCUGCUUUUAUGUGGCUUUUGGGAACCAGGAGAUGGUUCUGAGUAUCGGUUCCGGGUGGUGUGCAUAUACCAAGAUGUGAAUUCUAUGAAACUAGAUGUGUUCUCUUCGGAGUCUGGAGAAUGGACCAAGGAGGCGCUUGUUCUUCAAGACUCGAAGGAUGCUCAUAUUAGCUCGUUCGAUCCUGUUUGUGGAGCUAUUUAG